GACAAGAACCUCUUGGGAACUGUGACAUGGCAUCAGCAGGUGAGUUUUUGUGCUUUCCAGCUAGACUCAUUUCCUACUGUAAAGAGUUAACUUUGGAAAGCACAAAGGUGAUAGCCUAUCUGCUGCCAGUUAUGCUACCAAAAACCAUUUUUCUUCACCAAAUGUUUGUCCCAGGAAAUGAGGUGAAAACAAGGACCACAGGAUGAGCUGGACAGCAAUGCCCUAUUUCCAACCCCAGCAGGAGUGCCCUGGAGAUACCAACACCUCUCAGAGUGCUUGAUGGACACCUGAAGGACAAGUGCUUAACAUCUACUGUGUCUUUUGCUUCAUGAGUCUUGUCAUUCUGAACUUUAGGGUGUUGAUUCAACUUUAAGCCAUCACGUCUUGUCAAGAGACAUCACUGCAGGCAGGCUUUUCUAGGGCAUGUCGCAGCCUGUGGCUCUCUUGUGUAACUUUCAGACUAUGCUAAGCCACGUUUCAAGCCUCUGGGAGUUUGUCUCUGCUGGGAGGAAGCAGCUUGCCUUCAGCUGCCAGCUCUCACAGCUACCCACUGACCCUGAUGGAACAGGCAGCUUCCUGGGCACGUGCCAAGUGAACUGGCACGAGCCUGUUAGCAGGAGUGAGUUUCCUGCAGGCACACCAAAAUCAGGGACGAGCAAGAGGAAUGGAGCAGGCUGCAGGAAAGAAAAAAGCCAAACUUCUCUAAGUCUGAACCAUCACAUUUGGCUUUGCUGUGGUUUUAGCCUCUAGCCCUGGCUAGGUCAAAUCCAGUGAUCCCAGCAGGUGCACAAGGAACUCUCACAGGCCAAAGUCCCCUUCAAGGUGACUGCCAGCAGUGGACAGGUGGGCUCUGCAGGUCAAGAUAUCCACCUGUGUCCAGGCCUCCUUCAGCUCCCAGCCGGCUUUCUCACCAGCUGCUGCUCUGAACAUGCCCUCCAUGGGUGGUGCUUUCAUGUAUGAUCUAGUGAGGAGAUCCUGCAGGAAACACAGGCAGGGCUGGGUGCACGGUGGCUUUGGUGGCCUUUCUCAGGGACAGAAGCACGUCUGGAUGGGGAAGCACACUCUGCCUUUGCUGGACUGAGAUGUGCUUGUUGUUCCAAGCAGAUGCCAUUUGGAUGCACACUCACAAAAAGGAGCAGAACUACAGCUGCUAUUCCUGGCUCUGUGAAGGGUUGUCUCCCUGGAGCUGCCCUCCAAAGAGGUGGCAGAGGUUGGAACAAAUGUGAGUUAAUAUAGUGAUCAGGACAAAAAUCCCUGUAAUUGGAAUAUUUGCGGCAUGGGAAGGAGGUGGAGAUUCUCUCCUAUAUUGCUAGUACUGAUUAUUGCUUUUUUUUGGGGGGAUGUAUACCUAGGAAGCAGAGAAAUACAUGCCUAAAAAACCAGUAAACAUAUAAAUGGACUGAAAUUCUGUGACACUAUAAAUGGAAUUAGCAUUGCUUCUGAGAAUUCAGGGACAUGACACACAAGACAAGAACAUUUAUUCUGUCCACAGAAGACACAGCUUGAAUAGAGGCUGUCCUUGUCUCUGAACACAAUGUCUGAAUUAUUUAGUACCUGGCCUUUCUGUUCCAGCAAUAGAUGCACUCAGAACUCAUGUUGUCUGCUUUUACUUUCUUUUCUUUCAUUCUUUCUUAAACAGACUUGUAAUUGCUAUGUAUUAUUUAUUGGAAAUACUAUGCCUUUGUAACAUAGCUGUGGGCGGAACAGGCUCUGUGGGCACAGUUUGCACCCUGUAUUUGGAAUAAUUGUCAGGAAGAAAGAAAAUAGGUUCAAUACAUAGGUUAUAAGCAUGUGAAAAAAUAAAAAGAACAUAGAGUUUCCUCUAUUUGCCCAUGAAUUACUGUAUUCUGUGCCAUAGAAAACCUGAAGGGAAUCAUCAGUAAAACUGUGCUUAGUUGCAUCCUUUAUUCUGGCUUUAUUUCUUCUUUUUCCUUUUCCCUUUUCCUCUUUUCUUUUCCCUUUUCCUCUUUCCCUUUCCCUUUUCCUUUCUUUUUGUUUUUUUCAGAAGUAGCCUUCUUCUGUAGCAUGUGAGUGAGUGAUGCAAAGACUCCAUCACAUCAUAUUUCAAAUGCCUAAUUAUUCACUGAAUGGUAGAGUCUCUACCCCUGCUUCCCAUACCUGCAUUAAUUUACUUGAAGGAAAUUGUGGUACUGUGAAUGUCUGGUCAGAUGAAACAGAUGUGUCUCACCACUGCCUGCCAAGUCUCAGAGAGGAUGAGCAGCAGCAAAGGCAGGAGAAAUAUGAAAAGAUCAAGACACAAUUCACUUGACCCCCUGUUAUGUCUAAAAAUACCAACUAUCCUGAUCUUAAAGAACAAUGAAGUAUGGGAAGGUUAUUCCAAAAUGGUGAGCAAGCAGAUCAAGGAUUUAUUUUAAAAAGUGAAGAACAUGGACAAAAGGAUAACCCUCAGGCAGCAACACACACUGAAGGGCCAGAAUCCACUGUGCAUUACAGUUCUCUUUUCUUAUCCACAUCUAUGGAGCUUUCUGCCAAAUUUGUACUUACAGACUGGUUUGAGAAAAGAUCACAUGUGAACAUCUGCUGCACAAUUUUAUUGUCGAAUCCUGAGAAAAAAGGCUGAUGAAAGUCCUGAUCACCGUGUUCCAAUAUUUAAAGGGUGGUUACAAAGAAAAUGGAGAAUCCCUUUUUACAAUGGGUCUAUGGAAAAAAAUGAGCAGUAAUGGGUACAAUUUACUCCUGGGGAGAUUCUGAUUGUGCACAAGGGGAUAACUUUUCACAAUGAGAACAAUCCACCAUUGGAAUAAUCUCCCCAGGGAAGUGGUGUGUUCCCCAGCACCUGGGGACACUUAAGAUUUGGCUGAAGAGAGUGCUGAUCUUCUUUUGGACCGUGCUUUUGCCUUGAAAGGUUGGUUGGACCAGGUGAUCCAUGAGGUCCUUCCAACCUGGUAUUCCACAAUUGCUAAAACCCAUCUUACACAUCCACAAGCUGCAUAAAUCUUGGGGAGGCUCUGGUGCCAACCAGCUCUGUGGGUUAACAAUGGGAGAGACAUUUAUCACAGAGCUAUCUUGCAAAACAUGGCCUGUUUUGCACUCCUUGCAAUCCCAUACAGCCUAAGUGGGCUGGACUCCUUGUGUUCUUUUUUUUUUUUACUCAUGCAUCUUCCUUUCUGUAAAAGAUGGAAAACUGAAGUGUCUUGCCCCCAGAGGAAGAAAUAUGCCUCUCAGUGACCAACUGAGCAGACAGUCCUUUCCAUGUGCUGUGCUGGACUUCAUCCCCAGCAAUGCUUGUGACGUGGAGCUGUCAUGUGGAGAUUAUUGCUGAGGAAACUGCAUCUCCCAAGAUGUGUUAAAAAUCCCCCUGUGGGCCCAGGGAAGCAGGGGUGACUCCCGUUUCUUUCUCAGAUAAAGGUGCUAGAGAGCAGCUCUGCUUUGCUGCUGUGAGGUGAGCUCUGCACACCUCUGAGCAGCCUCUCAGGAGCAAAACCCAGCCAAUAAAGAAGGGAAAUAAAUCCUGGCUUUGCUGGGGCUCUGCUGGCUGCCGUCAGCUGCUUUUGCACAAGUGACUCCGGGAGUUGUUGCAGCAGCACAUUUUUACCUCUGGCAUGUAAAGUGCAAGGGGUGCUGUCUUAUUAAACAGUUUUCUGUUCUUUUAGGGGAUUUUUGUACCCCCUCAGCCACAGAGGACUGACUUCACUUCGCUUAAAAAAGUUAAAAUGUCGUAAAUACUUCGAUGUAAAGAAUUUUACGGAUUUUUGCCCCAGGAAUGGCAUUUUGAUUCGUUGUAUUUCAGUAAGACUUUAAAAAACAUGCUUGCGUGCAUUUUUUUAAAUUGCUGCUGUUACCAUUCGCACAAAAGCUAGUAAAAGCUGAUGAUACAGUGAUUUGUUUUGUACUUUUUAACGUAGGACUGGCAGAAAAAUCGUCUUGUUGCUCAAGAGGCUUUAAAUCCCCACCCUUGAGCUGUGAUUCAGCAAAUUCCUGGAGUAACCCUGGUCUGAAGCCCGGGUUCCUCCUUGUCCUGUCCUGCCGGGGGUGGAUUUCUCCUGUACAAGCCAAUGAACAGAAGCUCAUUUAUUUAUGUAUGUGGUGAGGAGGAAACUUACUCCACAGUCUCCCCACCUCUUCCUGCAAAAUGUUAGCUCUCUUUCGCACCAUUCCCUUCGGGUCCUGAAUGAAAAGAAGCGAGCAGCAGCGGAGCCGGGGUGCAGAGGCUGCUGUUGUGAACAUCACUCCCCGGCUCUGCCGCACACCUCAGAAAUAAUCGCUCUCACCUCAUCUGAGCUACAGGGAGAAGCAAAAGCCGCCUGCCCGCAUCUUUCUUCAGCAAACCUAGGGUGCUCUUUCGGAGAGGCAGGACUGAGCCCUCUGUUAAUGACUGACAUCAUCGAGGAAACACGCUUGCUUGCUAUUUUGUUUUGUCUGCAUUUCCCCCGCCACCGGCAGUAUCCUGAUGGGGAAGCUGAUCUCCAAAGGCUGGCGGAAAAGAGAUGCCCGAGUUAUCAUGCUGGGGCUGGACUUUGCCGGCAAAUCCACCCUGCUGUACAAACUGAAGAGCGGCCAGGCUGUGGAGACCUGCCCCACGGUGGGAUUCAACGUGGAGGCUCUGAAAACACCCUGCGGCGUCUCCUUCACGCUCUGGGAUGUGGGCGGGCAGGACAGCCUGCGGGCCAGCUGGCCUAACUACCUGGAGGACAUCAACACCCUCAUCUUCGUGCUCGACAGCACGGACACGGCCCGGCUGGCCGAAGCCAUGGCCGCGCUGGAGGAGGCCCUGAGGCACCCCGGCAUGGCUGGCGUCCCUGUGCUGCUGCUGGCCAACAAGCAGGACGCGCCGGGAGCGCUGGCUCCUGCCGAGCUGGGGGAGAGGCUGCGCCUGGGCGGGCUGGCGAGGCACCGCUGGGUGCUCCGGGGCUGCAGCGCCCACACGGGCCAGGGCCUGCACGAGGUCCUGGCCAUCCUGGGAAUGCUGCUGCGGGGCUCCGAGCACAGCCCCCUGUCCCAGGAGCAGCCCCUGACGGGGCUGGCAGAGAGGAGGCAAGCUCCGGAGCAAACCUGAACCUCACACGGACCCUUCCCGCUCACGGCUGCCAGCGGCUUUGCCACGGGGGAUUCCAGCCGCCAGGCACCCCGACAGGGAGCAGAGCUGCAGCUGGCACACUGUGAAACACCCAGCUCCUCACCACCACAACUCACCGGGAGGAUCUCUCAGCAAAACUCCCAUCAUGGAGCGGUUUUGGCCGCAUCUCUUGGACUCUCAUCUCUGGCUGCAGCUUGUCCCGCUGUCCCCACGUUCCAAUCAUCCGCUGCACUUGUGGGUCCAGAGGUUCAGCAAGGAUGCUUUUUAACAUUUACGAAUUUUAACAGAGAUGUGUGCAAGGAACAGAUGUUUUCUCCAUUCUGCAGCUCUCAGCCCAGAUACAUCUAUCCGGAUGGGAUGAUCCUCACACAGGGGGAGCUUGGAUUGCCCCAUGCUGCUCCUCUCUCAGCAUGGAUCACAUGUUCCUUGGAACACAGGAAAACACUGAAAGGAAUGGUUGAAUGGAGCAGUGUAACUCAGGACAUCAAAUGGCCAAUAAACUAAUUGGUUUUAGCGUGGCAUCUCCUGGUAUAAUAAUCUUUAAGCCAUGGAAGCAAGCUGGGAUUUGAUGGUGUUAAGCACUUUGAGGAUGUGUGUUUAUUAAUUUAUGCAUUUCUUGUAAUGGUUCUUUCUUUCUCCAUUCAUCAUUUUAUCAAAGAAUUAUUUAAUGAAAACGGUCCCUCAUUUUCCUUGGAUUAUGUUUAAAUACAAAGAAAUCAGACAUGACUUUAAGAUGCUUGGAAAUACGUCAUCAUGGCUAGUCAACCUCUAAAUAUCCUCAUGGUGGCCUGAAGAAUCAAGACAAAACCCUGUCUCAGACUUUUGAAACUGCAUGAGACCACUCCACAUGCAUUGGUUGGUAACCAUGGGCACCUCUGGGCACAGGCAGCUUGGUGACCAAAGGGCUCUUCACACUCAGCUGUGUUCAGGGCAAAUGAAAACACCCAUGGCAGCUCACAACAGGACCAGGUCCCAUGUGGCAGUGAUGGUCUUUGUCCAAUCCUGCUCAACCUACCAUUGGAAAGACCUAUAAAAUGUGUAUCCAAGAUUCUGUGAUCCAGAGUUAAAAUAUUUCAUAGUAGUCCCUGCUUCUUUAUGAAAUGACUGGGGGAAGGGGAGGGAUAGGAUACAACAUUUUAAUUUCUAUUUUCCAUUUCUGUUUCUAUUCAGAAAUCAGCUGCUUUCAAAGAAGAGAAUACUCAGCCUAGAAACCCCAAGGAGAAAUGCAUGGCAAAAUCCUCCUCUGUUCAUACCAGAGCAUUUCACAGUUGUUAAGGAAUUAAUUGUCCAGCUGCUCCUGGUGCUGUUAUUAGCUGCACUUCAUAGAAGGCAGCAGCUGGAAUAGAGUUCUCAAACAGUCAUGAAGAAACAGAAUCAGACAUUUAUAGGAAAGUCUCAAUAAAAGAAACCUUCCCAGCUGUUUUAGCUGCAUUAAUGUAGAACUACUACGUGCUAUAAAACAGUGCUGCAACAUCGAUGUGGCCUAAGCAGUCACAGUUAUGAGAGUAUUCAAAGAGCACUGAACCAUAUGAUUAAUUCCAUGACCUGUGUGCAUGGUGAGGAGGACAAAAUCACAUCUCAAAGUCUUUGCAGGUGACAUUAGCUGGUUGAUCUACCUCCAGCUUGUUGCAGGUGAUUGGUUUUUGUUUCUAGCACGCAAGGCUCCAACAUAUCUGUUGGCCAUUUAGGACGUGAGUUCUAGAGGCACAACACAAAAGGCUCUGUGCUACAUUGCCAUGCCAAAAAAGUUGUCCUAGUUGAGUUUGCUGGUGUUUUGGGCUUGUGUCUCAUGUGGCACAAAACAGAGAAUUGUGCAUCAAGGUAAAUUCAAGAGAGAUGGAAAGGCUGUUGUGGUGACGUCUUACUCCUAAGUGCCCCUUGAUGUCUGCUGGUAGUAAAAAGAGGAACUGAAACCUUCCCAUUUUCCUCUGAGUGUUUUCUAAGCUCUUUAAGAAGAUAAAAAAUAGGAUUUUCUGGCAGCAAAUAGAGGUAACCACUAGCCUUUGGCAGACAUCACCAAUUAAAAAUGAAAACAGCAAGGUGGGAGGUGGGGAAGAAAGGGCGAUGGGAAUCCUGAGGGUCUGAAACUGAUGAAGCAACAUUCCAGUUACUGAAAUUGUUCUCACUUCCCCCGAAGCAGUAAUUUGGCAAAACACCCCAUCUCAUGUGGCAUCAUGUGAUUUACCACCCUUGUUUUCUGGACACUCAGUCACAUUACUCAGCCCAUUUAUGCCAUUGUUCAGAGACUGCCAGAGCAAUGAUGGGUCAUAAUUUUUGAAAUAGCAACACAGGGUUUACUUCUAAUGAUUUCUCUUUUCUCCUGUGUUGGACAGUUGUUAAAACAAGUCAGUCUAAUGAGCACUGCACUGCUCUAAUCAAAGGCUUGCAGGACACUCACCCAACAGCACUUAAAUGUUUCGGUGUCAAAACUCCUGCCUGGUUCCAAGGCAGUCUGCAGGAAGCAGCCAGCGCCAGGGAGGGAAGUUUGUUACCUCUUUCCUGGCAAUUCUGCAGGAGAGCCCCUGCCACAUGGAGUGACGUUAAUCCCUAAAACAUCUCUCCUCAUGGAUUCCAGCCAGGAGAGCACCCUCAGACUUAGGUUCCAUCUUCCUGGGCAUGUGAUAGGUGUCACAGUCUCGGCACUGAUUUCUAAAAAUAACACAGCUUCUCUCUGGAUAGCAGGUAAAAGAAAAAUCCUUAGAACUUUGCUUCAGGUUCCUCACAAAUUUGAAGCAUCCUUCCAGUUAUUUGUCCCAGAGCCCACUCUGGUUGCUCAAGACCCUUUUUUAGAAACUUUGCUGGAUGCACUGUGGUGUGUAUUAACCUUUACAGGGACAUCCCCAGGAUCCAUAAUGGUGCAUUAACCUUCCCAGCCACCCCUCCACUGGGAUGAGCCGUACAGGUAAUCAUCCACCCUUGCUUGGAGCUGUCACAGCAGCCUCCCUGCCCAGGCCUGUUAGCAAUUCCAGCCCCUGGGCCUCCCAUCCCAUCUCUGCUCUGCAGGGAUCACUGCAGUGCGAGUUAGCACCAUGUCUUGCUGUUGUUUCAAGGACACCAAGACACUUCAUUGCUCUUUCACACUGUUGAUGAAGGGACAUAGCUUAUUCCUCACUGAUUUACUAACUUUUCUGUGGGACUGGUUGUUAAAGCCACUUCCUGAGUAUGAACCCAGGACAGAUUUAUCUUUUCAUUCUUAUCAAGAAGUUUUCCAUCCACCUCCAGAGAGCAGGAAAGCAGCAAACUGGAGGGGGAAAAACCCACAAACAACCAAGAUUAAAGCCAGGAAGGACGAUUCAUCUUUCCCUCUUCACCAGCACAGGAAGGGUGACUCACCUUUUCCCUGCUCUCUUCACAGCUUCCAUUUUUCAACCAGUCCGUGACACAAAGCAGUUUCUACUUGCACAGUAGCUGAUUUCUGCUGCUGGCAUUGUUGCUUUAUUUUCAGAUGGAGCUACGUGCCAUUUGUCCUGCAGUUCCUUGGAGCUUCCCUGAUGGGUUUCAGUAUUUCAGUAUCAGAGGGGAACCAUGAGAUCCCAGGGCUGCAGGGUGAGGGCACAGACAGUAGCCAAAAGUAUUUAAGGAAGGAACAGGCAGGCACAGGGUGCAUG